AUGCAAAAGCGAAAGAUAAGUAUUCCAAUGCCGGUCUCUAUUCGACAACCAGCAACCGAAACUCUUCUACCACCAUACCUCUAUGCGACCGAUUCUACCAACACAAGUAAUAAUAAUUGCAAUGAUAACUACGACAAUGACAACAAGAUCAAUGUUCAAGCAAACAAAAAAGUGUUUGAUAUCGCAAAUAUCGAUACGAGUGCAAUGGAACCCAUCGGCGUAUCAAAAAAACCACGAAUUCACAAUGGUUACUUGUCUUCCGAUUCGCAACAGUUAUCAUUACCAGCUCGAUUACCUACGCCUAGUUCAUUUGCUACAGGCUGCUGUGGGAUAGUUUACUCGCAGACCGGUUUUGACAUCUUGGGAUUAUUGGUUCGUGUAUAUAGCAGACCAAAUCCACAAAUCGAUCUUGGUCCGGUAGAUUUCAAUACAUCCAUAGUAUUGGUCGAUGCACUAAAGCCUGAUUCUCCAGUUGUCUAUGUCAAUGACCAAUUCGAAAUUCUAACCGGAUACAAGUGUUCAGAAGUUCUCGGCAGGAAUUGUCGAUUUCUACAAGCUCCCGGUGGACACGUCACACCUGGAUCAAUUCGUACUUAUACUGAUAGCGCGACAGUUUAUCAUAUGAGAAAUAAAAUUAAUGCAGGGCAAGAAUGUCAGGCUUCUAUUGUCAAUUAUCGAAAGAACGGCGAGCCAUUCAUUAAUAACAUCACAGCGAUCCCAAUCACAUUUAAUAAUAAUUCUAUAGCUUAUUACGUCGGAUUCAUACGUGGCAGCGAUAAUAUGAUAAAACAAGCGAUGUAA